GAUCUAUAAGACCAAAGAGUCGUAGAGCAUCUACACUCUGUGACUCUACAGAUUCACAGAAUCUAUAUAUAUAUGUCUAUAUAUAUAUAUAUAUAGAUACUAUCAUAUAGAGUCUAGAUCUAUUAUUUAUAAUCUAGAUCUAAAUUCUUAGAGUCUUUCUGAUACACUGUCACCUGUGAUAGUAGUAAUAGCCUAGGUCAUAGAAUCAGAUCUAUAAAUCAUUGAAAAGAAAAAUGGAAGAAGCUCCGAAAAGAUCAAGUCAAGCAGGUUAUAACAUAGGAUCCUUCACAGCCAUCACUGCUCAGCCUCUUUUCAACCUUCCACAUCUUGAAGCGUAGGUGGUCAUUUGGACAAUGAUUGUAUUGAAGAAUGGCCAAGAGGAACCAAGUGGUGGCAUUGGAUGUUGUGGAUAUAUACUCUAUGCUUUAUCUAUGUUGACUAUUAUCAUCACAUUUCCUUUCUCAUUGUGCUUGUGUAUUAAGGUUGUUCAAGAAUAUGAACGGGCUGUCAUUUUUAGACUUGGAAGACUUUUAUCAGGUGGAGCAAAAGGGCCAGGUCUUUUCUUCAUCAUUCCCUGCAUGGAUUCAUACACUAAAGUUGACUUGAGAACAGUGUCUUUUGAUGUCCCACCCCAAGAGGUCUUAACCAGAGACUCUGUCACUGUUGCUGUGGAUGCAGUUGUUUAUUACCGUGUCAAAAAUGCCACAAUGUCAAUUACAAAUGUAGAAGAUGCUAAUCGCUCUACACGUCUUUUGGCAGCAACCACUCUCAGAAAUGUUCUUGGAACCAAAAAUUUGAGUGAGAUUCUUUCAGAUAGGGAAAAUAUUAGUCACCUUAUGCAGACCUCAUUGGAUGAAGCCACUGACCCCUGGGGAGUGAAGGUGGAGCGUGUAGAAGUUAAAGAUGUCCGUCUGCCUGUUCAGCUUCAGAGAGCUAUGGCAGCUGAGGCCGAGGCAUCCAGAGAAGCUCGAGCUAAGGUGAUUGCAGCUGAAGGAGAACAAAAGGCUUCCAAGUCCCUCAAAGAGGCUGCAGAUAUAAUGAUCCAGUCCCCUGCAGCACUUCAACUCAGAUACUUACAGACAUUGAACACUAUUUCAGCAGAGAAAAACUCAACCAUUAUUUUCCCACUCCCAAUUGAUAUGCUUUCUGUUUUCAUGAAGAAAUAGUGUUUCUUUCAGUACUGAAUUAGUUGAAGCUCAAGUAGCAAUGAAACUUUUGUUUUUAUUUCCUGUACAAUACAACUAUUUCUUUAUUGUUGUACCUUCAUGUUCUACUCUUAACAGAAGGAAAUGUUCACUUGCUACCAAAGCUCAGCUAUGUCUAAAUUUAGAUGUUUUAUUUGUCUAAUAUGUUUGAUUUCUGUUGAUGAUGGUUGUGUUUUGAACAAAGUUGUCUGUUCUAUGUAUUUAUUACAUUGACACAAUCAGGUACUACAGUCAAUGUUUUAUUUCUGUGAUAUGUAUUCUCUGUAAUUCUUUACUGCACUGUCUUGGUAAAAAAUUAUCUUAAAAAUCGAUCUGAGUUUAUAAAAAUCUGCUAUUUUUACUUUGUACACCUUAUGGAUUUUAUUUACUGGAAAAGUUCUAUUUUUAUGACAAAGCUUUUCUCUUUAUAAUCAGCUCAUUUUUCCAAACACCAAUAAAAGGAAUAUACUUUUUUUUUCACUAGCCAAUCACAGCCGAUUAAAAAAUGUACAUUUAGUAUAUUUUCAACAUUUCUGUUAUGAAUUGAAGAAAUAUUUGUUGGAAACCUUUUGUACAUAUUUUGUCAUAUUCACUAACUGAAUGGCUUCUGAUGAAUGUUCUAGCAAAACAUGGUGCCUUCACUUUGGUACUCUAUAUUCUUUUAGCGCUGAGUUUAUAGUCACUAGAAAUAUUGGUUUUACCCUUGGCAAGUGCUUUUCAAUUGAAAUUAUUACUGAUGGGUUUUCUAUCAACAAAUUUCAAUGUGUUUGGUGUUGACUUUCAUAUGCAUGUGUCAUUUUUUUCUAAAGCUUUUUUAAACACAACCAUGUUUCCUUACAUUAUGUGUCAGUCCAUCUUUUGAUAUUAACUAACUAUUUUUGGGUUGAUACAAGUGACAAUUUAAAAAAAAACGUUUUAUUUGAAAUAGCUAGAGCUAAUAUUGAGCCACUUGAAAUCAGAUGAAUGACAUGAUAGAAUUCUUAUAUAUAGUAUACAAUCAUUUUAUUAUGACAUUUAUAUAAUACUAAACAUUUCUACUUUAAAAACACUUAGUCUAGUAAUAUUCAUUACAGAAUAAAGAAUAUUUAUGACUAAAAAUAAUGUAUACAAUUAUUUUAUUGAAUAAGAAAUCCGUUAACAGUAACAUGUAUAAAUUUUAAAAAUGUGUUAACAGUUGAUUCAGAGAAGUUUCCCUUUGUGCGUCAGUAGGUACUUCUAUCAGGUAGUCAUGAUGAUUGACAAUGUGGUCAAUGCAAAUAAUUGAUUAGAACUAAUAUCACUAUUUUUAUAUACAACUACUAAUUGUUAAAUAUAUGUUUCUAGUUUUUUAUUUAUGCCAGUUUGUAUUGAAAACAUUUAUAAAACAACUUAAAGAUUAGUGUAAAAAUAAAUGUUUAUAGUUUUUAGUUAAUUUAUUUUCUUUUAUUUUCAUCUUGGUCAUCACAAAUUAUAAAGUUCAUGUUUUGUUAAGCAGCAUCUAUACAUUCAGUUUUCUUUUUAAUAUUCCAUUUACAUAUAUGUAUAAUUAAUAUCUAUGUUUCUUUUCUAUGUAGUAAUACAUAUAUUCAAUAUACAUAUAUAUACAUACAAAGAGGGUAAUGGUCCUGACUGCAUGCAAACCUGACCUACUUGAUAUUUUAAAACAAAAUCUUCCCUGUCCCCUUCCCUCUUUUUUUUUUUAUUCUUUUCUACUUAAGAAAUUUUGUUAAAAAUGAACAUUUUUUUACAUUUUAAAAAUCUUGUCUAUUGACAGCUAAUUUAUAUUUUCUGUAAACUUCUUUGUACUCUUUUUAUAACAGAAGUUAUGAAAGUCAUGUAUUUCAAAUGAAAGAUACUCACUACUGGUAUCAUAGUUUACUCACCAUGUCUAGGUAAGGAGUUCUAAUGUACUGCCUACAUUAGUGAUGAGCAAACUACAGCCAGCUGGCUAACUUUGACCACUGGAGAGGUUUAAUCCUGCCACAAUGUUAGAAUUUAAGUUUUCAACACUAGAUUGACCAUGGUGUAAUUUUAAUGAGUAUAAUUCACUCCAAGUUGUUUCAUGAGUAGCCUAAACUCAAUGUUUUGAGUCCACCCAACUCUAAUGGCUGCCUGAUAUUAUGUCAAAGGGGGGAAGUUACUUCAUUUCAGUAAAAAAAAAAUCUUCAACCAUGUCAACAAUGAAAUGUCAAAUAUAUUACAUAAAAACGUAAAAGUUGAUUCUGAAUGUUUUUAGCCUGCUGUACGUUUGUUUGUAGGGGCUCAAUAAGUACAAAUGAAAGUUACAUCACAUCCUAAACAAUAAAUAACUUUAACUUAUGCUCUAGUACUAUCGAGGGAAAAAACACGUUGUCAAUGUUACAGCACUAGAUUUGUAAGCAGCUGAGUGAAAAGCUGUCAGAAAUAGAUUGACGGAUGUGAUGUAAUGUCUGUAUUGGAAGCUGAAUCAAAUGAAGAACUAUUAUCAAAACACUCUUAGCUUCAAGCAUCACAUUAGUUCAACUGUGAUACAAUUACAUUUGAUACUAAGUAACUAUAUUUUCUUAAUAAAAUAAUUAUGGCCCACCAAAAUUUUUUCAGUAAGUUUUUAGCCCGCUCCUCAAAAAGUUUGCCCAUCACUGGCCUACAUGUAGCCGAGGAAUUCUACUGUGCUGCCUACAUGUAGGCAAGAAACUAGCAGUAGAAUGUUUAUAUACUUAUCCUGUCAAAUGAUGACAUUAUAAUUUUAAAUGAUUCAUCUGACUAAAUGUUUUAGUAGACAAUACAAUUUGAAACCGCUCUGAAAAAAUAAGUGGCUGUAUCUUCAUUAUUUCUAUAAAUAAACUAUUUCAUCUUA